GGCGGGGCGGGCCGGGCCGGAAGCGGACAAAACGCCGCCGCGCCCGCCACCGUGGAGCCGCGGAGCCGGGGCGGCGAUGGGCUGGGCGGCCUCCCCGGGGCACGCCGCUUGGGUGCUGGCUGGGGGCCUCCUGGUCGCCGCCCUGGCGCUGCCCGCUGUGCCCGGGGUCCGAGGCCGGCUCCCCGCGGGCCCGGGUCCCCUCCAGCAUCCCCUCGGCGCGCAGGCGCCCCCGGGUCCCCGCGCAGCCCGCGGGGCGGGCCCCGAGCGCGCGGCGCAGCGUGGAGACAUUUCAAGAGACACUCAAGGAACUUCUGAGGACGGAGUGGUUUUUCAGAAAUGUGCGGUGGUGUCGGGACCGAGCGUGGCGCAGACGGCCCAGGUGCGUCUGCUGGUGAACAACACCGCGGCGCCGGGGGCCGCCAAUCUGUCGGAUCUGCUUUUGCUCGACAACAUCACCGGCCUCGCCGUCAGGGAGUCAGCGGGAAACAAGACGUCGGCAGGGCUGCAGGCCUUCAGGCGGCGGUUUCUGCAAGUCGGAGACUCCUUCUCAGUCAGCUACACAGCCUCGCUGGAGGCCGGGGACCUUGGCCAUGGAGAGGUCCUGGUGCUGCCGGCCCUGCUCACCUUCCAGAGUGCCUCCGCGAACAGAACACAGCUGAGAGCCCUGCUCACCAUCACAGCAGAGGAAACAGUAACGGUUCUACCAAACCAUGGCCUUCACGCAGCCGGCUUCUUCGUGGCCUUCGUCGUCUCCCUUGUGCUGACCUGGGUCACGCUUUUCUUCAUGGUUCGCUAUCAGUGUUUCAAGAGAAGCAUGUUCACCAGAUAUCAGGCUCGGCAUCAGGAGAGCAGGCUGGAGCACUCCCAGUUCACGGCGGCCGACGGUGUGAAUGAAGAUCUGGCUCUGAAUGACCAGGUGGUCGGCAUCCUGUCCUCAGAGGACCCCGGGAGCAUGCUGCAAGCCCUGGAAGAGUUGGAGAUUGCAACCCUGAAUCGGGCCGACGCAGAUCUGGAGGCUUGUCGGACCCAAAUCAGCAAGGACGUCAUCGCCCUUCUGCUGAGAGGUCUGAGCAGCGGGGGCCACCUCGCCCCUCAGGUGGAGAGGAGGAUGGGCGCCGCCUUUAAAAAGCAGUUUCUGAUGCUGGAGAAAGAAAUACAAGAGGAGUAUGAUCGCAAGAUGGUGGCUCUGACGGCUGAAUGCGACCUGGAAACAAGAAAAAGGACAGAAAACCAGUUCCAGAGGGAGGCAGCGGCGAUGGAGGAGGCGGAAGAACUGCUGAAGCAUGUUAGCGAGAGGUCGGCGGGCGAGUGCAGCAGCCUCCUGCGGACCCUGCACGGCCUGGAGCAGGAGCAGCUGCGGCGCUCCCUGGCUCUGCAGCAGGAAGAGGACGUCGCCAAGGCGCACAGGCAGCUGGCCGUCUUCCAGAGGAGCGAGCUGCACAGCAUCUUCUUCGCCCAGAUCAAAAGUGCUAUUUUCAAAGGAGACCUGCAGCCAGAGGCCGCCAAAAUGCUGCUGCAAGAUUACUCCAGAAUACAGGAGGAAGUGGAAGAGUUGAUGGACUUUUUCCAGGCCAGUAAAAGGUACCACCUGAGUAAGAGAUUCGGCCACAGGGAGUACCUGGUGCAGAACAUGCAGUCGGCGGAGACCCGCGUGCAGGGCCUGCUGAGCGCUGCCGCUGCUCAGCUGACCCUCCUCAUCCAGAAACACGAGAGAGCAGGGUACCUGGAUGAAGAGCAGACGGAGGAGCUGAUGGAGCGGGCUCAGACGGAAGUCUUCUCCAUUAAACAGAAGUUGGACAACGACCUAAAGCAGGAAAAGAAAAAGCUCCACCAAAAAUUAAUCGUUAAGAGAAGACGAGAGAUGCUGCAAAAGCACAAGGAGCAGCGCAGGGAGCAGCUGUCCCUCGGGGAAGCCUUCCGAGCGGCCGAGGACGCGGGCCAGUACCUGGGCCAGUGGCGGAGCCUGGUGGCGGCCCAGGGCGCCGCCCUGGAGGAGCUGCAGGAGCGCCUGGACCAGGCGGCGCUGGACGAGCUCCGGGCGCUGACCCUGUCGCUGUUCGAGAAGGCCACGGAGGGGCUGCGGCGCCUGCAGAGCUCGGCGCUGACGCAGGAGCUGCUCAGGCGCGGCGUGCCCUGGCUCUUCCUGCAGCAGAUCCUGGAGGAGCACGCCCGGGAGCUGGCCGCCCGCGCCGAGCAGCUGGAGGCCGAGGAGCGGGGCCGGGACCAGGAGGGCGUCCGGAGCGUGCGGCAGAGGCUCAAGGACGACGCGCUGGAGGCCUCGGCGGAGGAGCAGGCGGAGCUGCGGCACUGGGGGCGCUGGGUCUUCCUGAGGCUCUGCGGCUCCCCCUUCUCCCUGUCCGAGGAGGAGCUGCUCCGGAUACGGCAGGACGUGCACAGCUGCUUCGCUCAGAUGGACAGGAGCCUGGCCCUGCCCCGAAUCCGGGCCCGCGUCCUGCUGCAGCGGCUGCACACGGCCUGGCGGGAGGCAGAGUUCCUGAAGCUGGACCAGGCCCUGGCUGCCCCCGAGCUGCAGCCACAGGCCAAGGCGAGGAAGCCACGCACCAAGAGUAAAAGCAAGACCGACCUUCUGAGGAAGUGCAUUGAAGAUAAAAUCCAGCUCUUUGAAUGCCCGGCCCCGGAGGACCUGCUGGAAAAGGUCCGCGCCGAGCUGCUGCGGGAGCGGGUGCAGCAGCUGGAGGCCCAGGAGGGCCGCUUCGCCGAGUCCCUGGUCGCCCUGCAGUUCCAGAAGGCAGCGGGGGCCGCCCGGACGCUGUGGGCCUACACCGCCCUCCUGAGCGUCCAGCACCUGCUCCUGGAGGAGCUGAGCGAGUCGGAGACGCUGACCACGGCGGCCUGCGCCCAGAUCCUGGAGUCCCACAGCCCCGAGCUCCAGGAGCUGGAGAGGAAGCUGGAGGAGGAGCUGGCCCACCAGGAGGCGGCCCAGCGGCAGCGGGCCCUGGCCAGGCGGCAGCAGUGGGCAGAGGACGGGCCCGGGCUCCUGACCGAGCCUGAGGACGCGGAUUCCGAAGGGCAGGUCUCCGCGGCGCUGCGGCGGGCCCUGGGCCGGAGCCAGGAGCUCCUGGAGCGCCAGCAGCAGAGCCUGCGGGAGGAGCAGGAGCUCAGCGUCGUGCUCGAAGACCUGCUGGAGCGCAUGGAGGCGGACGCCUUCGUGGGCCUGUACAGCCAGGAGCUGCGGCUGGCCUCGUACCUGUCCAAGCUGACGAUGGUGCCCGUGGGCACGCUUCGCCGCCUCCUGAGCGUGGCUCUGCCCGCAGCCCCACAGCCUGAGCUGCUGGCCUUGCUGGAGUCGCUCAGCCAGAAGCAGCCGGACCCCACGGUGGAGCAUGACGGCGGCGGGGAGCAGGCCGACCUGGGCCGGAGGGGGAAGCACCAGGGCUGGUGGCAGGCCUUAGAAAGCAGGCUGCGCGGAGAACUGAGAAGCAGCGGCCUGGACAAGAUGCUGUGGGCGCGCCGGAGGAAGGAGAGCAUACUGAGGAAGACGUGCCCCCCUCUCAGAGAGCGGACGGUGUGCUCAGGGAAAGGGGGCUGGCCACACCUGUCCCUGGAGUCCAGCGGCGACCUGGUCCCCGUGCCCAUCGUCGGGGCAGAAGCCAUUGAUUUAUUGAACACGGGCGAGAAGCUCUUUAUAUUCAGAAAUCCCGCGGAGCCGGAGAUCUCGCUGCGCGUUCCUCCCAGGAAGAAGAAGAACUUCCUGAAUGCCAAGAAGGCCGCCUGGGCCGCGGGCGUGGACUAGCCAGCAGGAAGGCGCCAGGGACUGACGACGGGACGACGUGCUUUCUCCUGCCCACCUGUUUGGGUAUGGGCCACAAUCUGCAGAAGUCAACUGCAGGUGGCAGACUCAGACACCCCAACAAACCCCGACCUUCAGGGACUCAGUUUGCUCUGUUCUCAUGAAUUCCAAGAGGGCCCGUUCCCUUUGGAGGGACGUGGUGAGAGGGGACCGGCCGUGAGCUCUCGGUCCCCGCACCCCGAGGGCCUGCGGUGACCAGCCCCCCUGCACGUCCCCCAGUGUCCGGCUGCGGAAAGGGCUGGGUGUGGAAGGCAAGGCUCUCUCUUCUUACAUAUUCUGUGUUUGUCGGGGGAAUUUUCAAGAAUAAAUGUAUUUUACACAAAG